AUGGCAUCGUCGAGCGCCGUUCGCUUUAUCGCCGCCUCCAAGAAGUCUCCGUUGGGCUCUUUACAGAUUCACCUGCACGUGAAGCCUGGUGCGAGCAAGAAUCGGGAAGGCAUCCUUAGUGUUUCCGAUUCCGCAGUCGACCUCUGCGUGGCUGCGCGAGCCCAGGAUGGUGAGGCCAACAAAGCUGUUGUCAGCCUCCUUAGUGACGUGCUGGAUGUCCCCAAGUCGAGACUUUCCUUAAGCCACGGCAUGAAGUCCAGAGACAAAGUUGUGGUUCUUGGCGGAGUGUCCGGAGAAAAUGGGGACGAAUUUGCAGAAAAUGUGCUGGCCCAGCUUCGAAAAGCAGUUGGUUGA